AUGGUUCGAAACAUUUCGUACGAAACCCGUUCUUUGCGAGUAUACGAUACUGCAGUUUCUAGUUUAAAUGGGGGCUGUUUUCCACAGAUUAGAAACACAACACUUCCUGAAAAAUUCAAUUAUUUUAAGGUUUCGAAACUGUAUUUGUUAUCAAAUUGUAGAGGAAAUCUGUCUGAGGAUCUUUCUAGAUACAGAAUUGGUUGUGGUAAUCAGAGCAGAGAUAGUUGGGGUUUGGCAGUGUUUGAGGGUAAUGAGAUCUUGAAAAAUGCAUUAGGGACUUGUGAACAAAACGUGGUAGCGCCGGUGGAAUUGCACGGCGGUGAAGAGAGGGAUGGAACAAGAAACUAUAUGGAGAUUUUGAGAAGGGGGUUUGUGCUGAAUUGGACAGCUAGUGAUUGUAAUACAUGUGCAGUAAGUGGAGGGCGUUGUGGAUUUAAUGAAUCUGUUUACCAGUUCAAGUGUUUCUGCCCAGAUAGACCUCAUUCUUCAAGUUGCAAACCUGAAAUUAGUAAGACGAGGUCGAAGCGAAGGCUGAGGCUGAUUUUAGCCACAGCUCUACCUGGAGGUGUAAUCAUACUUCUCAUGUUCUCUUUCAUCAUUUGGCGCCUUAAAAGGACUUAUGAUACUUUACUUUUAAGAAACAUAUCUUCUGAUCCCUCCACAAAAUCAACCAUUGAAGGCGGGAAUUUAUGCUUUGGCAUCCCUAUCUUCUCCUACACUGAGCUUAAAGAGGCCACCAACAAUUUUGAUUCUUUAAAAGAACUUGGAGAUGGAGGUUUUGGCACUGUAUACUAUGGCAAACUUCAUGAUGGAAGAGAAGUUGCAAUAAAGCGCUUAUAUGAGCAUAACUACAAACGAGUCGAGCAGUUCAUGAAUGAAAUUAAAAUUCUUACUUGUUUGAGGCACCGUAAUCUCGUUUCUCUCUAUGGAUGCACAUCCACAAGAAGCCGCGAACUCCUACUUGUUUAUGAAUACAUUCCUAAUGGCACAGUUGCCGAUCAUCUUUAUGGGGACACAGCUAAGGAAGCACCACUCAAGUGGCCAAUUCGCUUGAACAUUGCCAUAGAAACUGCUCAAGCAUUGGCUUAUUUACACGCGUCUGAUAUAAUACAUCGUGAUGUUAAGACGACCAACAUCCUUCUUGAUGACAAUUUUCGUGUCAAAGUUGCCGAUUUUGGGCUCUCUAGACUCUCUCCUACCGAUGCCGCUCAUAUUUCCACUGCCCCUCAGGGGACUCCAGGAUAUGUUGAUCCUGAAUACCACGAAUCUUACCAGCUAACCAAUAAAAGUGAUGUUUACAGUUUUGGAGUUGUUCUUAUCGCGCUCUUGACUGGACAAAAACCAAUAUCUUUUGAUAGAANUUUUGGAGUUGUUCUCAUCGAGCUUAUUUCCUCAAUGCCGGCUGUUGAUAUAAGCAGGAGUAGGCAUGAAAUCAACUUGGCUAAUUUAGCACUAAACAAGAUCCAACGAAGGGCGUUUAAUGAAUUACUUGAUCCAUCUCUCGGAUUUGAGUUUGAUGCUGAAGUUAGAAGGAUGACUACAUCAACAGCAGAGUUAGCUUUUCAGUGCCUGCAACUUGAAAAAGAAAUGAGACCUAAAAUGGACGAGGUACUGCAUAUUCUGGAGGAAAUUCGGGGUGGGGAGGAGUUCGAUGUUGAGAAGACCAUAGAGAAUAAUGAUAACUAUAGUGUGUCAAGAAGUGUAAAAAUUCCUCCUUCCCCAGAAUCAGAAGGUGCUAUAUUGUUGAAGAAUAAGAAGUUUCAAGCAUCACCAAAUUCUGUGACUGAUACAUGGUUUAGUGCCUCUUCUGGAAAUAGUUCCAGUUGUUGA